AUGGAAGUAACACAAGAUAGCAUUGCUCAAUUAUAUGAUGCAUUGGAUCCAUUUCUGAAUAUUGUGUUAAUGCAAAACAAGGAUUCAGUAACAACCCCAUGUGUAUUGGCUUCUAUGAAUGAUUUAGUUUAUUCAUUUUUUUGUGAGCAUUAUUGGGACGAUAAAGGGCUGGUGAUUAAGAUGAUUGAAAAGAUUGUUUCAAGAUUUAGUGAACAAAGAUUUGAGAGGUUUAGAUUAGUAACAACAGAAAAUAUAGUUUUAGCUUUAGAAAGUGAGUUUGUUAUUUGGAAACGAGUGAGGAAAUGUUUAACGAUUACAUUUCUAUCAAUUGAUACAUUAGUUCAUGUAAAUUAUAUUAAUACAAUUUUAAAUAAUUCGUAUCGAGAUUCUUUUGUUAAACAACUACAAUCACAAAUGAAUCUUAGUAAAAAAUUAAUGGCUGUAUUAUCUAGUUGGAGAAUGAAAGGGUUUAUUGAUCAAAAAGAAGAAUUGGGUAGGAUUUUUAAAUACCUUGAAGGUUAUGAUACUAACUUUGUUCUUUUCUUAUCUAAUGAGUUUCUCCUUCAAGCCCAGAAAGAUUAUAAAGUUAUGAGCGAGAAAUUCCCUAUUAAUAAACCAAUUCAAUUACAAGAAGUUUAUUCAAAGGAAGUUCUUCUUAUUAAUGAAACACUUCCUUUAGUAAAACGAAAUGCUAUUACUUAUUUGAAUAAAAUCCUUCUUGCAGACCGUUGUGAAGAUUUCAAAUGUAUUGGUAAUACCCUUGGAAAUACUGAAGAACUAACUGCAUUAAUUGAAUUGGCUGAAGUUAGUGGAAUCGAAGAGAAAGUAUUUAUUUUUCUAAAAGAUGGUGUCAAAGAAAAAACAAAAACUCAGCUUGAACACUAUUGGUCAGAUGAUGCUGUUCGUCUUGGGGAUGGUAUAUUAGAAUUCUCAAAGAAAAUUGAUAAAGUCUUACCGGUACUAAAAGGUCAAUGGAUAGAAUAUUUUAAGAAAGGAAUUUCAGAAGGAAUACUUUCUCUUGACCCACUUAAAAAAUCUCCAGAUUUAUUAGCUAUUCUUCUUGCAGAAUAUUGCAAUCAUAUUGUCUCAUCUUUUUGUACUAGUGAAGAAAUUGGAUUAAUUUGUGACUUUAUUUCAUUACUAAAUAAUAAAGAUAUUUUAUUAAUUCAAUAUGCAAAGUAUCUUCCAGAUAAAAUUAUGUAUGGUGAUGAAAUUAAUUUUGAAACAAAUAGCUGUUUUAUAAAACGAUUAACAAAUUUAAUUGGAAAGGCAUUAACAUAUCCUAUUCAACAAAUAUUGUCAGAACUUCAAUCCUCUCAAAUUUUUACUCAACAAAUCUCAAAAGUUUUACCUAUACAAACCAAUGUAAAUAUCCUUUCAAGUCAGAAACUUUUUAGAUCUCCUUUUGGAAUGAAGCUCCCCCCAGUGAUUGACCAGUCUUGGAAAAUUAUAAACGACCAAUACAAUUCUAUUCAUGAAAAAAGAAAAUUAGUUCUUUACGAUAAUUCUUCUAUUGUCGAGUGUGUCAUUAAUAAAUGUAAAACUCAAAUCCCAUUACCUCAUUAUUGUGUAUUAUUAUUAUGUCAAAGUGAACAACGGAGUGAGGAAAUAAUCAGUAAAGAAAAUAAAUUUGAUAUUGAGACAACUCAAUUAAUAAUAGAAGACCUUAUCAAGUCUCAAUUACUCAUUACUAAAGAGAAUAAAACAUUUCUUUUUAAUAGAGAAUUUAAUAAAGCAGGUAAUUUAAAGAUAAUGUGUAAUUUUAAAAGAAAGAGUAAAACGGAAGAAAUAAAAAAGGAAAAUGAAGAAGUAGAAGAAAGAAGGUUCCAAAUGGUUGUUUCUAUUUUAGUAAGAAUAAUGAAAAGACUAAAACGAAUAAGUUAUCAAGAUUUAUGUCGUUUAACCAUUGAUGAAUUAAAAAAGUCAUUUGUUCCAGAUCUCCGUAUAUUAAAAAGGGGGGUUGAAUAUAUGAUAGAAAAUGAAUAUGCCCAACGAGAUGAAACUGACAAAAAUACUUUAAUUUAUAUGGUUUAA